AUGUCGAUAUUUGCAAAGCUGGCGAAUUCAAGAAAUUAUGGAAAGAGGCCCUUUCGAGCGGACGAAUCGGAUGAAAAGAAAGAAGGCGAUGAUGAUGAGAACAUAUUCCCUUUCUUCUCGGCCCGAUCCCAAUAUGACACGCGUGCCAUGGUCUCAGCCUUGACUCAAGUCAUUGGUAACCAAAGCAGCUCCCAUGAUAAUACUCAACAUCAACCUGUUGUGUAUAAUCAACAAAAUCCUAACCAACCGGCUCCUCCGACUCAAGAUCAAGGGCUCGUGAGGAAGAGGCACUAUAGAGGGGUAAGACAACGACCAUGGGGAAAGUGGGCAGCUGAAAUUCGUGAUCCGCAAAAGGCAGCACGGGUGUGGCUCGGGACAUUUGAGACUGCUGAAGCUGCGGCUUUAGCUUAUGAUGAAGCAGCUCUUAAGUUCAAAGGAAGCAAAGCCAAACUCAAUUUCCCUGAGAGAGCUCAACUAGCAAGUAACACUAAUUCUAUUACCGGUCCACCAAACUAUUACUCUUCUAAUAAUCAAAUUUACUACUCAAAUCCGCAGACUAAUCCGCAAACCAUACCAUAUUAUAACCAAUACUACUACAACCAAUAUCUUCUUCAAGGAGGAAAUAGUAACGAUGCAGUCAGCUAUAGCUUGGCCGGUGGGGAAACUGGAGGCUCAAUGUAUAAUCAUCAGACGUUAUCUACUACAAAUUCUUCAUCUACUGUUGGAUCUUCAAGGCAACAAGAUGAACAAGAUUACGCCAAAUAUAUGCGUUUUGGGGAUUCUUCAUCUCCUAAUUCUGGUUUUUGAGAUACUCAAUAAACUGGUAAUAAGGGAUUUGGGCACUUGUUAUGAGGGGAUCAUAUGUUUCUUGAGUUUUUUUUUUUGUAUUUUCAUUAUGCGUGUGUUGUUUGUGAUCACUUUGUUUAUUUCUUCUUUCAAGAGUUUUCAUGGGUUCUUUGUUUACAACCCUUGCAUUUGGAUUUA